CAAAUUCCAAUUUAAACAUAAACUUCUACAUCAAACAAUGCACUCCUUCAAACUGAACAUGAUUUCUUCAUCUUUAGAACUUAAUGGACACCAUUAUAGUGACAAGCCAAAAGAACUCUUCACCUCCAUACUUUCUUAUGUUUUCUUCAAACUAGUUCUUCUCAUCUUCAUCUUCCACUUUGGCAUAGUUGGGGGCACCAUUGGAGCAAUAGGAGGAGCUUUAGUCGGGUCCAAGAACAGAAUGAACUUCUUACAGGAUGUAAUUAUGGGUGCGGCAUCAGGGGUAGUUUUGUCAAAUAAAAUAAUUAGGGUUAUGUUUGAUCAUUUCAUGCAUCCUGAUCAUAAUGAUGAACAUGCAUGCUUCCUUCAUCUGAUUGAUAUUCUCGCAGGUGAUUUGGAAUCAAAACUUCUUCGAGAUCAGGGUCAUAUAUUCCUAAUUACCAAGGUUUCAAGUUGUGAAAAGCUAGUUAAGCUUGCAAAGAUUGAAAUUUCAAACCAUGACAUCGUUGACUCUUCUGGAAACGCAACUUGUUGCUCAAUUUGCCUUCAGGAUUUUGAGGUUGGCAAUUCAGCUGGAAUAUUUCCAAAGUGUGAGCACAAGUUUCAUCCAGAAUGCAUAUCCCAAUGGCUUCUUACCCACAAUUCAUGCCCAGUAUGCAGAACAACCAUAUGACCAAUUAAUUAAUACUUACAAAAUUCCAUUGAUUCAUUUUCAUUAAUUUUAUUCAUUUUUUCUUGAUACAUGCAUGUAUAAUAUUAGAUUUUGUUGGUUCAUGCACGAUACAAAAGGGCACGUGCGCCAUGUGAUUUGUCGUUGUAGUAUUUUCGGUGACCACCCAUUGUAAAAUCAAAUGACUGAAACCCACGUAGCUUUUGUUUGUAUAUAAAGCAAGUACAUCUAUGUAUGGGUUGUUUCGUGAUGGAAUGGUGAUGAUAGUGAUAAAGUUUAUGAUU